AUGGCUGCAUCUACACAACCACAACAGCAAAUGCACAAUAUCAAACCAACAGACCUCCAAGCCUUCGUCACGCAAAUCCUCAUCGCAAACAAUACUCCCGCAGAACACGCUGCCAUAGUCGCAAAAUGCCUAGUCGCAGCUGACCUCCGCGGCGUGGACACCCACGGCUCCAACCGAAUCCCCUCCUACAUGGAACGCAUCCGGCAAAAAGCCCUCGACCCAACCGCCACACCGACACUGCGGCAAAUCACGCCCGUAGCGGCGCAAAUCGACGCCCGCAAUGGGUUCGGCUUUGUCGCCGCGCACGCGGGUAUGGCUCGCGCUAUUGAAAUGGCGCAGACGUUCGGCAUGGGCAUGGUGUCUGUCAAGCACUCGAAUCACUUUGGCAUGUCGGCGUGGCUGGUGAAGCAGGCCCUAGAGGCGGGGAUGAUGAGUUUGGUGUUUACUAAUUCGUCGCCUGCGUUGCCUGUUUGGGGUGGGAAGGAGAAAUUGAUGGGUGUAUCGCCUAUUGCGUGUGGUGCGCCCGGUGGAGAGCCUGGCAAGCCGUUUAUUCUUGAUAUGGCGCCGUCAAUAGCGGCCCGGGGCAAGAUUUAUAAGGCUCUUCGGCGCGGGGAGCGUAUUCCAACGGACUGGGCGCUGGAUAAGGAUGGGAAUCGGACGGAUGAUCCUGCGAAAGCGCUUGAGGGGGUGAUGUUGCCCAUGGGUGGGCCGAAGGGGUCGGCGCUGUCGAUUAUGAUGGAUGUCUUUUCUGGUGUGUUUUCUGGGGCUGCGUUUGCGGGCCAUGUUACGAAUCCUUAUGAUCCGUCUAAGCCAGCGGAUGUGGGUCAUUUUCUGGUUGCCAUUAAGCCGGAUUUGUUUAUGACUAUGGAGGAGUUUCAAGAGCGGAUGGCGUAUCUCUAUAAGAGAGUGGUGGAGUCGGAGAAGAUGGCGGGCGUGGAUCGGAUUUACUUCCCUGGAGAAAUUGAGAUCCUUACGGAGGAGAAACGCCUGGUGGAGGGAAUUCCCUUUGCUGAAGCAGAGAUCGCAGGUCUGAACAAGGAGGCUGACCGCGUUGGUGUUGAGCAUUUGAAGGUGAUCAGUUAA